AUGCAAUGGCGAGCGCUCGUCCUGGGGCUGCUGCUCCUGCGGCUCGGCCUCCACGGCGCGCUGUGGCUGGUCUUCGGGCUGGGGCCCAGCAUGGGCUUCUACCAGCGCUUCCCGCUCAGCUUCGGCUUCCCGCGCCUGGCGGGCCCCGGCGGCCCCGCCCCGGGCCCCGCUGACCCGCCCGGGGGCCCGGCGGGGCCGGCGUGGCUGCGGCCGGGGCCCGGGGCGGCGGGGCGGGCCGCGCGGCGGCGGCCGGGCGUGUGCGGCCCGGCGCACUGGGGCGCCGUGCUGGGCGGCCGCGGCGGCGGGCCGGACGAGUACGAGCGGCGCUACAGCGGCGCCUUCCCCCCGCAGCUGCGCGCCCGGAUGCGCGACCUGGCGCGCGGCAUGUUCGUCUUCGGCUACGACAACUACAUGGCGCACGCCUUCCCGCAGGACGAGCUCAACCCCAUCGACUGCGGGGGCCGGGGGCCGGACCGCGGGGACCCCUCCAACCUGAACAUCAACGACGUGCUGGGCAACUACUCGCUGACGCUCGUGGACGCGCUGGACACGCUGGCAAUCAUGGGAAACGCGUCCGAGUUCCAGAAGGCGGUCAAGCUGGUGAUCAACACCGUGUCGUUUGACAAAGACUCCACCGUGCAGGUCUUCGAGGCCACGAUCAGGGUCCUGGGCAGCCUCCUGUCCGCCCACAGGAUCAUCACGGACACCAAGCAGCCCUUUGGCGACAUGACCAUCAAGGACUACGACAACGAGCUGCUGCACAUGGCCCACGACCUGGCCGUGCGGCUGCUGCCGGCCUUCCAGAACACCAAGACCGGGAUCCCCUACCCCCGGGUGAACCUGAAGACAGGCGUGCCCCCCGACAGCAACAACGAGACGUGCACGGCCGGCGCCGGCUCCCUGCUGGUGGAGUUCGGGAUGCUGAGCCGGCUGCUGGGCGACUCCACCUUCGAGUGGGUGGCCCGCCGCGCGGUGAAGGCCCUGUGGAGCCUCCGGAGCAGCGGCACCGGGCUGCUAGGCAACGUCGUCAACAUCCAGACGGGCCACUGGGUGGGGAAGCAGAGCGGCCUGGGCGCCGGGCUGGACUCGUUCUACGAGUACCUCCUCAAGUCCUACAUCCUCUUCGGCGAGAAGGAGGACCUGGACAUGUUCAACGCCGCCUACCACAGCAUCCAGAGCUACCUGCGCCGCGGCCGGGAGGCCUGCAACGAGGGCGAGGGGGACCCCCCGCUGUACGUCAACGUGGACAUGUUCAGCGGGCGGCUGAUGAACACGUGGAUGGACUCGCUGCAGGCCUUCUUCCCGGGGCUGCAGGUGCUGAUCGGAGACGUGGAGGAUGCCAUCUGCCUGCACGCCUUCUACUACGCCAUCUGGAAGCGCUACGGGGCACUCCCCGAGCGCUACAACUGGCAGCUGCAGGCCCCCGAUGUCUUCUUUUACCCGCUGCGGCCCGAGCUGGUGGAGUCCACCUACCUCCUCUACCAGGCGACCAAGAACCCCUUCUACCUCCACGUGGGCAUGGACAUCCUGCAGAGUCUGGAGAAGUACACGAAAGUCAAGUGCGGAUAUGCCACACUGCACCACGUCAUCGACAAGUCCAAGGAGGACCGCAUGGAGAGCUUCUUCCUCAGCGAGACCUGCAAGUACCUGUACCUGCUGUUCGACGAGGAGAACCCGGUGCACAAGGCCGGCACCCGGUACAUGUUCACCACCGAGGGCCACGUGGUGUCGGUGGACCGGCACCUGCGGGAGGCGCCCUGGAAGGAGUUCUUCCCCGAGGAGCCCGGGCGCGCGGCCGGGUCCCUGCACAGGCCGGCGGCCCCCGGCCUGAGAGCCCUCAACUCCAGCUCCAACUGCAACCGCGUCCCCGACGAGAGGAGGUACUCGCUGCCCCUGAAGAGCGUCUACAUGCGCCAGAUCGACCAGAUGGUCGGCCUGAUCUGA